AUGGGUGAGGAGGACAUCUCGGAGAUGAAAGAAACGUGCUAUAAAGGUUUCAAGGCUGGAAAUGAGAAAGUGAAGGCGGCUGAUGGAAAAUUUACAUGCCCCUAUUGCGCAUGUAAAGACCAGGACUAUGACCUUGCUAGCCUCCUCCAGCAUGCUAUUCGUGUGUCGGAGGGCUCCCUAAGCCUCCACCAGAGGGCCCGGCAUUCUGCAAUGGCUCGAUAUCUUGCCAUUGAUAUAUCAUACCAAUCGCCAGAAAAAUAUUCCGAUGAAGACUGGGUGCCUCUAAAGAGGCCGAGAACACAAGUCACUAAAAAGAGGGAGAAGGAGGCUGCUGAAUUUAAGGCAAAAAUGGAUGAGAUGGCAGCAAAGAUUGCCAGAGCACAAAAGAGGGCGAAGGAGGCUCGUGCAGAUAUGGAGAGGAAGAUCGAUGAACUGACAGAAGAGAUAAAUGUACUAAUCUCAAAAGAGCGAGCCUGUAACGAUGAGCUGCAAGGUGUUCGCAAGGAGCUAAUUAUGGGGUUGGGUGAGACUGGCCGCCAUGGCCAUAUUGGUCUGAAAAGAAUAGGACAACUCAACCACGACGCUUUCAUCAACCAUUUGGUUAUGAGGAGGCCUGCGGGGGACAAUGAAAUUGAGGGCGUCGUGCUCUGCACGGUGUGGGAGCAGAAGAUUUUAAAGAUGAGCAGUGGUAUCCGUUCAAGUUCGUUGAAGAUGCCAAUGGAAAGCCUCAGAGAUCGAUCAAGGAGGAUUAUGUUGUGUUGCAAUCGCUCAAGGAAGAAUUAG